GCACAUGCUCACUGCGCCCGCGGCGGGCGCGCACACUCCGCAGAGCCGCGGCUCCGCGCUGCACCGCCGGUAUAAGGAAAUGCUAGAUCUAGUGAUAUCACCCAGCCUGACUGUAAAUAGAGAGUGCCCUGACAGACUGAAGCUUAACCUUUCUCACAUUUAUGCCACGGCUCCAGAUGACAUAGAAGGUAGGUCAAAGCAAAUUUUUCUUAGUGUGUUUGAAGGUGAGUCAGGCAGCAGCAAAGCAGCACCGCAGUGUCCUCUCCAUCUGUACACCACAAAACAUUACCCCCAGAUAGUGGCAGUCCCACCCUUCCCAGCAAUGGCAGCGUAUGGACAGACCCAGUACAGCACAGGAAUCCAGCAGGCAGCAGCAUACACUGCCUAUCCUCCCCCAGGACAGCCCUAUGGGAUACCCUCCUACAGCAUCAAAACCGAGGACAGCCUGAGCCACUCUCCAGGACAGAGUGGAUUUCUCAGCUAUGGCUCCAGUUUCAGCACCCCGGCAGCGGGACAGGCGCCCUACACGUACCAAAUGCACGGCACAACAGGGAUUUACCAGGGAGCCAAUGGCCUGACAAAUUCUGCAGGAUUCGGUGCCGUGCAUCAGGAAUAUUCAUCGUACCCCAGCUUCCCCCAGAGCCAGUACUCGCAGUAUUACAGCUCAUCCUACAACUCCCCGUACGUGUCUGCCAACAGCAUCAGCCCCUCUGCCAUCCCCACCUCCACCUACUCCCUGCAGGAGUCCUCCCACAACAUCAGCAGCCAGAGCACAGAAUCCCUCUCUGGGGAAUAUUCAACAACACCAGCAAAAGAUAUAGAAACAGACAGACAUCACAGAGGGUCAGAUGGCAAGGUACGAGCCCGCUCAAAAAGAAGCAACGAUCCUUCCCCUACUGCUGACAGUGAGAUUGAGCGUGUGUUUGUGUGGGAUUUGGAUGAGACGAUAAUUAUUUUUCACUCCUUACUCACGGGAACCUUUGCAUCCAGAUAUGGGAAGGACACCACAACGUCUGUGCGGAUAGGUCUCAUGAUGGAAGAAAUGAUCUUCAACCUUGCAGAUACACAUCUGUUCUUUAAUGACCUGGAGGACUGUGACCAGAUCCACAUAGAUGAUGUGUCAUCAGAUGAUAAUGGUCAAGAUCUAAGCACGUAUAACUUCUCUGCGGAUGGCUUCCACAGUUCCAGCGCCAGCKCCAGCCUCUGCCUGGGCUCGGGGGUUCACGGCGGAGUGGACUGGAUGAGGAAAUUGGCGUUCCGCUACCGCCGCGUCAAAGAGAUGUACAACACCUACAAAAACAAUGUGGGCGGUUUAAUAGGAGCUCCUAAGAGGGAAACCUGGCUGCAGCUGAGAGCGGAACUGGAAGCGCUGACUGAUCUCUGGCUCACACACGCUCUGAAGGCGCUGAAUUUGAUACAUUCCCGGCCCAACUGUGUGAAUGUGUUGGUCACCACAACUCAGCUGAUACCAGCCCUGGCUAAAGUGCUUCUCUAYGGACUGGGCACUGUCUUCCCCAUUGAAAACAUUUACAGUGCAACAAAAACAGGGAAAGAGAGCUGUUUUGAAAGAAUAAUGCAGAGGUUUGGAAGGAAAGCCGURUACAUUGUAAUAGGAGAUGGUGUUGAAGAGGAACAGGGAGCAAAAAAGCACAACAUGCCCUUCUGGAGAAUCUCUUGUCACGCUGACCUGGAAGCUCUUCGGCACGCCUUGGAACUUGAAUAUUUGUAGCAGACCCCAACAUCUUAGCACUGGGAGGGCUUCACUCAGACUGUUCCAUCGGUUCCACCUAUUCCUCAGCAUUUUCUUAGUAAAAAAAAUCCCACAGCAACUGCAGUUUUUCUUUUUUUUGAAGGAGAACCCUUUCAGUGGAAGCCUUUAAGAACUUGCAGCCAAAGAACAUUGUCUCAAGUCCUCCUUACUUUGGACAGAGGAAAAUCCUCCUGAUCAGCUGCUGGGAUGCUGCAGUUGCAGGCUAAGCUGGAGGCAGAGCUCUAAUGGCCAUUUUGCCAUCAACAAGGCAACUGCUACAAGUCUGGGUCUCCCUGUCAGCGUUCUUGGUUUUGAAAGGGCAAGAGGACACAGCAAGGAGUCUGCACAAUCCAUCACAUCACACAGGACCUUCUGAMAAUAAGA